AUGGGUGGUUCAAUUGGAUGGAAGGAACUCUAUAUUUGUUUGGGGUCACUUCCAAGAGAUGAAGAUGUUGCUAACAUCACGGGCAUUAAUGGAGAACAUUUGGGCAGUAGAACUCAUUCAGACGUUGAAGCUAUUCGAUUAACAGAUGAUUGGUUGACCGAAGUACCAUCCGGCAUUGACAACUAUUUUCCAAACAUUGAAUUCUUAUAUAUCAGGGAAACUCAACUAAAAACAGUCAAUUCGAAUCAACUGCAACAAUUCCCUAAUUUGGAGUAUUUGUGGCUACAUAAAAAUCAGAUCGAAACCAUUGAAGUGAACGCAUUCUCUCGUACGCCAUCAUUACGUGUGAUCGCUUUACAUUCUAAUAAAAUUAAGUCAAUCCCAUACAACGCCUUUCGACCUCUGCAUUUGGAGGUUUUGCAAAUGAGAAACAACAUUUGCAUCAAUGAUUCAGCAGAUACAGAACAAAAUGUGAACAGAUUAAUUGUAGUUGCAGAUCUUUUGUGUUCACCUUUGGGUGAUAUGAUUGAUGAAGAUUUGAGGGUUCGUAUUUAUGAAUUGUCAAACAAUCAGGCUGCUUUUGAAUACAAUUUGAGAGAUUUACGUGAUCAAGUCGCAACUAUGGAAGAGAGAAUGCAUGAAUUGGAAAAUAUAUUGAAGCUUGUGAAAACUCAUGUUAAUAAAUAA